AUGCAGCAUGUUCCAAUGUUCGGAUAUCCCACUCCGCCAGCAUCACCAGCAUUCGGUCAGAGGUGUGCCAUUCCAAACCAGUAUCUUGCCGCCCACCACCAGCAACCGCGAUAUGUGCCCGUUGCCCCCGAGGAGAGGUUAGGAAAGUUCAUCACGCCCUCGCUCCAGCUGACGGGCAUCGCGGGGACCGGCGCGUAUGGCGUCGUCUACUCUGCUGUCGACAUCCACACCAAUGUUCGUUAUGCCGUCAAGUGCCUUAGCAAGUUCAAUGCCGACGGGACCCCGCUGGAUCGUCGUCAAGUCGCCUUUCAGACCAGGGAGAUCAAGCUUCACUACACCGCCUCAGCCCAUCCCAACGUAGUGUCCAUGCUCAAGAUCAUCGACUUUCCUGACUGCACCUACGUUAUCCUCGAGUACUGCCCCGAAGGUGACCUGUUUUACAACAUCACCGAGUGCGGCCGCUAUGUUGGUAAGGAUGAACUGGCCAAGAGGGUUUUCCUCCAGAUCCUGGACGCCGUGGAGCACUGCCACAACCUGGGGAUUUAUCACCGGGACCUGAAGCCGGAAAACAUUCUGGUAUCUGACCAAGGAGAGACUGUCAAGCUGGCAGAUUUUGGCCUGGCCAUUGCCUCGGAGCGGUCCGAUGAUUACGGCUGCGGCUCAACCUUUUACAUGUCGCCAGAAUGCCUGGACCACUCGUCAAGGAGACCUUUUUAUUAUUGUGCCCCCAAUGACGUCUGGAGCCUUGGCGUCGUCCUGGUGAACCUCACCUGCGGGCGCAACCCGUGGAAGCAGGCAUCCUAUGAAGACUCUACUUACCGUGCCUACGCGAGAAGCCAGGAUUUUCUCAAGACUAUCCUUCCCGUAUCGGACGAGUUGAACGACAUCCUUGGAAGGAUUUUUACCCGGAACCCGGAUCAGAGAAUUACCCUCUCCGAACUGCGGGCGAGGAUACUCGCCUGCUCCCGGUUCACCGAACAACCGACAGCACAGGUUCUGUCGACGCCGCCGGCCUCGCCGGGGCACACCACCGUUUACGUUGCCGAUGGAUCGGCUAUUGAAGACGACGACGACGAAUUCGACUACGAUGAGCCGCUCUCCCCUGCUUCGUCAGACGGAGAGUCGACAUGCUCGUCCGACGAAGGAUCACUCACCUCGUCAUGCUCAAGCAUCGGAGACCUCGAGGAGGACGAAGACGACUUGUUCGAGGACAUCCCAGAGGCCAAGACCCCGCCCAUCUACGAGGCACCAGAGGAACUCAGAGUUGUGGCCUACCACCCCCAACAGGAGUAUAUGCAUCCAGUGCAUCCAGUGCAGCCCUUGCAUGCCCCUGUCCAGCCGGUAUGCGCGCCACCAAAGUUCCAACAGUUGCACCAGUAUGUCUGGGACAUGUUGAAGUUUGCUCAACCACCGCAGCUCCACCACCCGGUUCCAUUCCAUCAUCAGGUUCCCUUGUUUGCCAUGCAAGGUUGCUACUAAGCCGGACUCUUUGGACUUCCCCCCCCUGCCCGGAUUGGACUUUCUUGCCUCGGAUCCUCUGUUUAUUCGCUUUCGUCUUUUGACCCUCGCGGCUCGAUACGUCGAGCGAAGAUCAUGCACACAAAGCUUGAUCACCUACAACGUUUAUCUCAUUUCUCUUGCGUCUCUCUUAUUCAUUCUCGAAUAUAAUAUACCCGGUGGCCUUUUCGUUUUCUUCUUGCCACGGCAAGGAGCGCCCAAAGCCGACUUCAGACCCGGAACACCAAAAAGGAACCAAAUUUCUUCAAUGUCUAUAUUUUCUAUCAAAACCAAAAUGUAUUUUCUACAAGUGGGGCAGGAUCGGGACGGUAUUUUGUCUUUUUGGAUACAAAGCGUGGAGUUGGGUUUCACAUCAAACCCUGGGGGAUAGGGGAAAGAAAGCGGUCGGCGGUGUUUCUUCUGCUUUUUGUUUUAGGGAAUAACUAUCGGUAUAGGGAUUGCAUCAAUAUCGGCGCACUCGGAUCAAUGGGGAAUGGGGAUACACUUUUUGGAGUUUUUCACUGCCACGUGUUCCAAGAAGGACAUGGAGGAGCAGCGGAUCUUUUUUUGGGGGGGGGGGGGGGGGCUUUGUUGACGUGGUCUUUUUUUCCUAUCUAAUACCCCGGUGGACACUUGGAUCAAUUUUCUCUUUGCUCUGGCUCUGCCAUGUGUUGGCAGUCAGGAUCAAACAUCGACGUUGGAAAUAUGUUUACGUUUUUUUUGAGCAUCGUUUAUCGGCAAUAGAAAGGGAUGGGAAGAGAGAGAGAGAGAGGCAUGCGGUUUUUUUUGUUUCUUGCCCGAGGCAUGAUGAUACCAGUUUUUACGCUUUUGUUUCGCUGUGGUUGCCAUUACUAUUACGUUACGUUUACGUUUCUUGUGGAAAGGGGGGUUAAAAUGAAGAGAUGGAACCAUGGCGACGAGGGGAGGGAACAAAUUAUUGCUAGACACGGCUUUUGGGUCAAAAGCCCAGACACGCCGGCGUGGGGUGUUGUUUCUCGCGCAGCAAACACU